AGGCAACAACACAAUAUCACAAAAGCCUCGUUAUGAAGAAUCUACAUCACCAAAAGUAGGCACAUCACCAAAAGUUAUCGGGAAUACACUGUCACCACAAUCGGAUACAACUAAAUGCCCAGAUAAACAAGAAAAGCACAUAAGUGAUGAUAAGCCAAUAAUACCAAAUGAACAAAUAUUAGCGGAUGAAUCUGAAGAUGCCAGGCAACAUUCUGCUAUGCGGCAAUUAUUGACACCAAAACCUAUUGAAGGAAGAGAAAACUGGGGAAUUCCACCAGAACCUGAAACAGAAUGUGAUCCAAUACUGCAGGAAAAAAUCGAUCAUUUUCAUUCAUUAAGCAAAAAAGGAGUACAUUUCAACGAAAACCUCUUAAAAAAUAAAGCUUUUCGCAAUCCACAUAUAUAUAAUAAAUUGGUUGAAUUUGUGGAAUUGGACGAAAUUGGAUCAAAUUUUGAUCGAGAGAUAUUUGAUCCUUAUGGAUUUCCUUCAGAAGCAUUUGCAGAUCAACUCGCGGAAGCUCAAAAGAAAAUUUUGGAGGAACGUGCCGCAGCGCAGCAACAACAAAGGUCACAGAUACAAUUUGUAGGGUCUAGUCCUGGUAGCCAAAAUAUAUCAAAAUCUCGACACGUUAUGCAAAGUCUUGCUGCUAGAGCAGAGAGAGGAUCUACGACGGCUAAUAAUACAACGGUCAUGAAAUCAACAGUCGUUACAAAUAUUACUACUACUGCUAGUUCAAAAUCAAGCAGUACAGGAAGAAAACGUGCUAGCAAAUGGGAUGUUCCCGCACCAAAU